UGAACAUGAUGUUCCAGCCGAGGCCAUUUCGCGGUCGGAUCACUGUUUGUUUUGAUGGCAACAGCGGUAUUCCACAAGACUUGCGUUUGAAUAUGAAAUUUAUAAAUAUGAAUGAAAAAACAACGUGAUUAAAAGGGGAUGGACGAGGAUGAGCUUUUGGCCUUUCGAGAGCGCUGGAAACAGGAGUUAAAGAAAAACCCCAAGACAUCCGGUAAAGACAAAGAGGGAUAUUUUGGGCAUCUCAGUAAAGACAGUUCAUCUGUUCACCAAAGCACUAGCUUUUGGGAGAAGCAGAGCAAUGCGUCCCAGCAAACUCAGCCCACAGCAAAAGACCUGCCGGAGUACGUGUCGAUCGCCGAGGGUUUGUUGGACGGCAGAAGCAGUCCACUACUGGACAGAAUCGAGCAAGAGAGAACGCGCAGGAAGCGCGCUCCCGACAGCGAUGCGCUCAACACAGACGCGCCCCCCAAAAAAGAAAACAAGUGCCAGAAACUGCUUGAGCAGUUCCUUCAGGACCUGAAUGAGGUGAAUGACAUCCCAUUCUUUGAUGUGGAGUUGCCCUAUGAGCUAGCGCUAAAGAUUUUCCACUUCCUGGGCAGAACGGAUCUAGGACGAUGUGCUCAGGUGAGUAAAUCCUGGAAGGUGCUGGCUGAGGAUGAGGUCCUGUGGCAUAGAUUGUGUCUGGAGGAAGGUUAUAACAAUGGGGCAAGUAUCUCUGACUCCCCCUGCUGGAAGAGCACGCUCAGAGACUGUCGCAACACAGAGAAUGUGGUCAAGUCAAACUGGAAGAAUCGUGUUGGAUCCAUUCGUCACCUGCAGUACGAGUUAGGAAAGGUGUUGUGUGAUGUCAGUUCCUGUGCUGGUCUUGUUAUCGCUGGCUACAGCUCUGGGGAUGUCCGUCUGUGGGACACUCUUCACUGGGACAAAUCAUACCUGCACACCACACAUUCCAUCAGAGAUGAAACCCCUGCACCUUACGUUAGUCAUGUACGUGUCAAUAAGACUGUAGCCACAGCUGCUUAUGAGAAUGGGUGUGUAGAUGUGUGGAGCACUGAAACCUGUCUUGAGCCCAUUCACCAGUACCAGCACCUCCGUAGGGUUCAUGCACUGGAUCUAAGUCCUGACAGUCCGGCUUUGGCCUCUGCAUCAGGACCAGAUGUGCGGGUGGACGCACCAGAUGAGAAGGGCUACUGGAGAUCACAAUGUCUCGUUCAGUUGCCAAUGCCUGUAGAUGGGGUAUUGGUGGUGCCAGGGAGACGGGAUUUCCCUUUGGUCACAGUAUGGGCAGGUGAGAGUGUUUACCUGCUGGAUUCCAAAUGGAAGGAAGAACAGGAGCCAAGAAUUCUUCACUAUGUGUACGGCCAUCCAGUGACCUGUGUGGACGUGUCACCCUGCAGAGCUGCACUGGGGAUCAAGAGCUGCGGAUGGGGCAUGAAUGACGGGGGCAACAAGAUUCAGGUGUACAGCCUGGAGACCAGCCAGUGUGAGCUGACCGUGGGGAACUCGGCGGGAGACUUCACCUGCGUCAACCUGAGAGACAGCCCUCCUCACCUGCUGGUGUGUGGGAACAAAGACAGGCGAGUGAGAGUGUUUGACUUGCGUACUGGCUCCUCAGUCGUCUCUUUAUAUGCCCAUCACAUGGGCGUGACCACCGUCCAGGCAGAUGAUUGGAAGGUUGUGAGCGGAGGUGGUGAGGGAUUGGUCAGUGUGUGGGAGAUGAGGAUAGGAGCCAAACUCUGGGAAAUGCAUAACAGGCACCCGGUUCGCCACAUACGGUUCAACAGCAGCACUCUGGUGACGGCCAACAUCCCUGAUGAGAAGAACCCUCGCGGGGCUUGUAUCACAGACGAUGACCUCACCGCUCACCGCAGAUACAGAGGGCUGAUCUGUCACUAUGACUUCUCAAUGGACUCAUCUGCACAGGAUCACAUCCUGCCCAUCUGUAGGUCCAACUACACAGAGUCCUCUGGCUACAGCUAUAACAUUGGCUUGGCGAUGCCUUAUGACAUACUGAAGGGCCCUUAGAUUGGCAUCUGAUACACUGUGCUUUUGGGGCAAGUUGGACUGGAAAGAUUGAAUUUGCUCUUUUAAGAUGAUCUGGGGUCAUAUUUCUUAAAACUAAUUCUUUAUUUAACCAUAAUUUGUGUAAAUUCAAAACUUUGGAUGACACAUUAAGAUGUGUUUGAGGACUAGAAUUACUAGAUCUUUGUUUUUAUAAAUUGUAUCAUGUUCUGUCCUUGCACAUUUUAGUAUAUAAUACUAUUAAAUUAUCAUCUGAGAAGAUGAAAUACAAUCAUACAACAUUAA